UGUCUGUCUACCACCUUCCUCAUCAUGGCCGACCCGACAGCUCCAAAAAGACGGAUCGUGGUCCUCAUAUCCGGCUCAGGGACGAAUCUGCAGGCUCUGAUUGAUGCUCAGAAUACCCCUGCAUUACCGGAUGUCGAGAUAUCGCUGGUGUUGUCGAAUCGUAAGGCAGCGUAUGGCCUGAUGAGGGCUGCACAGGCUGAUCCACCGAUACGGACGGCGUAUCUGGCUCUGCAGCCGUAUCUCAAGGCCAAUCCGGGCAAGACGCGAGACGACUACGACGCUGAGGUCGGGAAGAUCGUACUGAAAGAGAAUCCUGACCUUGUCGUACUCGCUGGCUGGAUGCACGUAUUCGGCGAUGGGUUCUUGGAUUUGGUUUACGGCGUCAAGUCUGUUGAAGGCGAACGACCUGUAUCGUCGCCGAUCCCGGUGAUUAAUCUUCAUCCUGCGCUGCCCGGAGAGUUUGACGGUACGAAUGCUAUUGAGCGGGCGUACGAGGCAUUCAAGAGGGGAGAGAUCAAUCGUUCUGGUGUUAUGGUGCAUCGGGUCGUGAAGGAUGUCGAUCGGGGAGAGCCUUUGGUGGUGAGAGAGGUUGUUUUUGAGAAGGACGAGUCAUUGGAAGCGUUCGAGGAGCGUCUGCAUAAGGUCGAGUGGGAAAUCCUUGUCAAGGCAGCUAAGAACGUAUUGGAUGAACUAAUCUAACGACGAAAACCGAAAAGCUCUGCAGAAAUGUACUACUACGCGCCCAUUUUUAUGCUGUUGCCUACAAUAAUGUAGUAGCAGUUUGGAUGCCAGAAUAAUCCACUUCUUUCGCUCUGCGAAUAGAC